AGGCUAUAAGGGCCGUGGGGCUGCCCAUGUGUCCUGUGGGGUGCUUUCUUGACCGGUGGGUGCCAUGGAUAUGGGGGUGUCCCUGCUGAGCCCCUUCCUGGCCCUGGCCGUCUCCUGCCUGGCCGUCCUGGCCCUCUGGAAGCGCCUGAGCCCCCAAAAGGGCCGCCUGCCCCCGGGACCCACCCCGCUGCCCUUCCUGGGGAACCUGCUCCACGUCAAGACCAGCAACGCCUUCCAGUCCUUCCUGGCGCUGAGGGACAAAUACGGUCCGGUCUUCACUGUCUACCUUGGCCCCCGGCGAGUAGUGGUCCUCUGUGGACACGAUGCAGUCAAGGAGGCACUGGUGGACCAAGCCGAGGAGUUCAGUGGGCGUGGAGAACUGGCCUCCAUCGACCGCAAUUUCAACGGAUUCGGGGUGGCUCUGGCCAACGGGGAGCGAUGGAGGCAGCUGCGGCGCUUCUCUCUGACCGCCCUGAGGAAUUUCGGGAUGGGGAAGCGGUCCAUCGAGGAGCGGAUCCAGGAGGAGGCCCAGUUCCUGGUGGAGGCCUUCAGGGAGACCCAAGGCCUGCCCUUCGACCCCACCUUCUUCCUGAGCCGCACCGUCUCCAACGUCAUCAGCUCCGUGGUCUUUGGCCACCGCUUCGACUAUGAGGACCAGACCUUCCUCUCUCUGAUGCACAAGAUGAACGAGAGCUUCCUGGAGAUGAGCACACCUUGGGCCCAGCUCUACGACAUGUUUUCCUGUGUCAUGCGCUACCUUCCUGGGAGGCACAACCGCAUCUAUUACUUGUUGGAGGAUCUGAAGGCCUUCGUUGCGGAUAAAGCCCAGGCCAACCUGGAGACGCUGGACCCCAACAACCCCCGGGACUUCAUUGACUGCUUCCUCAUCCAGAUGGAGAAGAAGAAGGGCAACCCUUCCAGCGAAUUCAACAUGAAGAACCUGGUGCUGACCACCCUGAACCUCUUCUUUGCCGGGACGGAGACGGUCAGCUCCACCUUGCGCUACGGACUCCUCUUCCUGAUGAAACACCCAGAGGUGGAAGAGAAGGUCCACCAGGAAAUCGACCGGGUCAUUGGGCGCCACCGCCUUCCCGGCAUUGAGGACCGGAUGUGGAUGCCCUUCACAGACGCAGUCAUUCAUGAGAUCCAGCGCAUGACGGACAUCGUGCCUUUCGGGGUGCCACACACCGUGAUCCGGGACACACACUUCCGGGGCUUCCUGCUCCCAAAGGGCACCAACGUCUUCCCUUUGCUGGGCUCCGUCCUGCGCGACCCCAAAUACUUCCGCAACCCCGAUCAGUUUGACCCGGGUCACUUCCUGGACGCCGACGGACGCUUCAAGAAGAACGAGGCCUUUGUGCCCUUUUCUUCAGGGAAGCGGGCCUGCCUGGGGGAAGCCCUGGCCCGCAUGGAGCUCUUCCUCUACUUGGCCUUCAUCCUGCAGAACUUCUCCCUGAAGGGCUUGGGGCCCCCGGAGGGCAUCGACCUGGCCCCUCGGGUCAGCGGCUUCGGGAACAUCCCACCAGCCUACAAGAUGCGCUUGGUGCCCCGAUGCUGACUCUCUUGGGAUUGUGUCACCCUCCUUGGUCUUCUUGGGACCAGAGCCGCUCUUCUCCAUGCCAGGAGUGGUGCAUUCCUCUUGUGCCAAGUCAUGCACAACAACACAAACACUUUUGGAGAUGCUUGAGGCCCACAAAUACUUCUGUGAGGUUCAUAGUCAUCAAGUUAGAAAAUACCCCUAGUAGCCACCCACUCCAAACCCCUAAGGUUGAUACAGUAGUCUCACUUAUCCAACAUUCUGGAUUAUCCAACGCAUUUUAUAAUAGCCCCCAUUUCGAGAUGUUGCCAAUGCUAUUUUGCACUUUAUUGUCCAUUUCUACCGGCACAUUCUGUUCUGGAUUUUAUGAAUUAGUCUCCUGUUUUAAUAUUGUAUGUUUUUUAUAUGCUUCUUGCCGAUUUUAACGAUUGUUUUAUUGCUAUUGAUGUUUUACUGGUAUAAUUGUUUUAUAGUCGUGUUACUGAUAUUGUUUUAUCAGGCUAGGCCCCAUGUAAGCCGCCCCGAGUCCCUUCGGGGAGUUGGGGCGGGGUAUAAAAAUAA